GCCGUAAAGAACCGAUACGGUAUGACUCCCAGUACGAGGGCAAAAUCCGGGAAGUGAAAAAACGCUUCACCUCGCCGAUGGAACCGGGCAUCGAUAGCCGUUCUUCUACGCCAGAGAAAGAAAAAUAGAGUCUAUGAUUAUUUUAGACUGGAGAAUUAAAAUCUCGCUAAAAAAUGGACGCAGGAGGAGGAGCAAACAAGAAACAAAUCCGCGUCGGUUUUUACGACAUCGACGGUACCAUCGGCAAAGGAAAUUUUGCCGUGGUCAAAUUGGCAAGACAUCGAAUUGCCAAGACAGAGGUAGCUAUCAAAAUCAUCGACAAGACUCAAUUAGAUCCUACGAAUCUCGAGAAGGUUUACAGGGAAGUUGAAAUAAUGAAGCAAUUAGAGCAUCCGCACAUCGUUAAGUUGUAUCAAGUAAUGGAAACCAAAAAUAUGAUAUACAUGGUUUGUGAAUAUGCAAGCAGAGGUGAAAUAUUCGAUUAUAUAGCGAGAUAUGGAAGAAUGGGAGAGCCACGAGCGCGAUCCACUUUUGCUCAAAUUUUAUCUGCUGUUGAGUAUUGUCAUUCGACAGGUGUAGCUCAUCGAGAUUUGAAAGCUGAAAAUUUGCUUCUCGAUGCUCAGAUGAAUGUAAAAAUUGCAGAUUUUGGAUUUAGUAACAGGUUUACACCUGGAGAACGUUUGAGCACCUGGUGUGGUAGUCCACCUUAUGCUGCUCCUGAGGUUUUUCGAGGAAAACAUUACGCUGGACCCGAAAUCGAUGUUUGGAGUCUUGGUGUUGUUCUCUACGUUUUGGUCUGUGGAGCACUGCCUUUUGACGGAUCAACUUUGCAGUCUUUGCGAGAUCGUGUUCUCAGUGGUAGAUUUCGUAUUCCAUAUUUUAUGAGCACAGACUGUGAGAGCCUCAUUCGAAAAAUGUUGGUCUUGGAGCCAUCGAAACGAUACACAAUUCCGCAAAUCAAAAGACAUCGUUGGAUGGCUGGAGCAGCCGACGGAAUUUAUACAGCAGCCUCUACGAUACCAAGUUCACAACAAGAACCCAACGAUCAGAUCCUGAGGCUCAUGCACAGUUUAGGAAUAGAUAUUACUCGCACAAGAGAGUCAUUAAGAAACAAUAGCUACGACCAUCACGCUGCAAUUUACUUUUUACUACUAGAAAGAGUGAAACAACAUCGAACAAACAGUUCUCCAAACAAUAGUUGUUGGUCUUCAGUGACAAGGCAGAAAGAAGAUAAAUAUAAGUCAAGAAGGGAAGAAAUGGGUAGAGCAGGAAAGAGAUUCAGUUCAACGAGUUCUUCUACCGACGAAGGUUGUUGCAGUGCCGAAGGAGAUUUGGAAGAAGGUCCAAGUGUAGAUGAGUUAAGAGAAGCCCAGAUAAAAUUAGAGGAACACAGACUGGGCCUAGAUCGGGACAUAAGUCAACGAAUUGAUAGUCAAAUAGUCAACAAAAGACUGAGUGAUUAUAAGCAACACCACUUUGAUGGUGCAAUUUUGGAUCCAGUGGAACCGCCGAGUAGAGCUGCUCUUUUUGCGACUGGUUGCAGCCAUGGUAGCUCAUCAUCAGAACUGUUCGAGUCAAGUUUUGAUUCUGGUUGUCCACCUGAUUAUUCAGCAAUGAGUGCAUGUUUUACGAGUAGUUUGCCUUCCUGCACACCUCCGAUACCACAAAGUCCAUCUCCUGUAGCGAGAAUAUCGAGGGCCUCUCAAGGAAGACGAGCUUCUGAUGGAGGUCCUCGAUUAUUAUUCAGCCAGCAGGGCGGUGGAGACAGGCCCGUCAAGCAACGAAGCAUUCAAGAUUCAGGGAAGGCCCGAGGUCACUUAGAUCUGGUUCAUUUGAGGUCUCCUUCAACACCUCCUCAAAAUCAGUCUCAAUUCAAGACUCGUGCCGAAUCAGGGACCCAAUUGCAACUACUGGUUCAGCAACGAGUGCUCCAGCAGAAGAGGAAUCUGUACCACAGACACCGAGGUGGAGGCAGUCCGACUCCAAUCCCCGUGCCUUCGAGUGGAUUUUCGAGACUUGGGGAACAUGUGCAACGUCAGGACAGCUACAAAUUUGCUCAAAGAAUGCAGAUCUUGCCCACUUUGUCCCAGGAACAUGGGGACGAAGACUUUGCUAGAAAGAGGGAACGCGAGGAAGAAAGGUGGAAGAGUUUGCCGUCACGAUUGGCGGCAGAUUGUCAAUUAGCAGAGAGAACACUCCUAUGGAGUCAUCAGGUAAUCUCAUAGUGAGCUUAAAGUUACCCCUAGAUUAAUACAGAGGUUAAAACACUCAGGCAAAAAUAAUUUAUACGAGGAUGACAAAUAUUGACGUCCUAUCUUAGUAUGAUUUAUUUAAGGGCGUUGCAGGAGACAGAUUCUAAACAUUUUUCAGAAGAUUUUUCUGGAGAUUUUUCCAGAAAAUUGCUUAGCAAAAACUAAAUUUAAAUUCAAAUAAUUAGAGAUUGUUAACCAACCGUUUAAAUUAAAUAGAUUCGACGCGAAUGUUUAAAGCCUUCUUGCUUCCAAUGAGGAAAAAAUUAAUUAAUUGAAUUAUUUGAAAAUAUAGCGUCAGCACAUACAAAAUUUCAAAUGGAUUAUUAAAAAAUUAAAGUACAUUAAAUAAUAUCUAUUCUGAGUUUUCAAAAUUUUAUUUUAAAUUUUUAAUAGCUAUAAAUUCAAGACAUUCAAGAUUGGACCGUUGAAAAAUGAAUCCCAAAUUUAGAACUAUCGAAUUCAAGCAUUUAAAAUAUAACAAUAUUUUUAGCUUUAACUUUUUCAUCUAGUUUUAUAUGGUAUAAUAAUUUUUGUCCAGUGGUAUUCACAGUUAUAUCAUUUACAGUGUGAAGCUUUCAAAAUUGGUCCAUUGUAAAUAAAAUUAUUAAAAAGGAACAAUUAAGAAAUAUAAUGUUAAGAAUUAAACCAUUUCAAUUUCAAACCGAUAAAAAUUAGACAAGCACAAUUUUAUUAUUUUAAAUAUCUUAGCAGGAAGUCUCUUAAUGUUAUAGUUUGAAAGCUUCGAACAUUAAAUCUCAAAUUAAAGUACAUGCAUUAAAUUUAAAGCUUAAACCCAAAGCUUAAAGUUAAACAAUUAAAAAUUAAAGUUCUAAAAUUUAUAUUGUAAAUUUGUGGACGCAACAAUCAAGCUUUCCAAAUUGAAUAGAAACCAAAAACCUCCAGAUUUCUAAUUGGAUAAUAUAAAAAUUACACAAUUAAAAAAAAAAGGUUUCAAACUCAAAGAUUUUAUUGAAAUUCAAUAAUAAUAAUCGUUUUAAAAUGUUCUAAAUUGUAUAAUUUUCAACAUUUCCUAUUUAAACGUUGACAGGACAAACUGUUAUUCAAUUUUUUUUGUAAAUAGGAAGUGUAAAGUCAAACCUCGUUUAUUGGAAGUCCUUCGACAUAUAAACAUUUCGUCCAUUGCAACUUGAGAGGGGGCCCCACCACUGCACGCAUCCCUUAGGUGGUUUCAUAAUUCAUUCCCGCCUUCGCACUCUCAUUGGCUAUGCGGAAAUUGUGAAAAUCAGUGGUGGGGUUUGGAAAAGUUGCGAUGAAGAGUAUCUUGGAUUGCAAUGAACGAGGUUUGCAAUCAGAAAACUCUAUCCAAAGAUUGAAUAAAUAAAGUACGUUAGAUAAGAAAUUGAAACAUAAGUAUUUAUUUUUAAUUCAUUUUUUCGGGGGAUACCCACUGCAACAUCCUUGGUAAUAAAUAUUAAAAUUUCAAUACCAAAUCAAAAAAAGAAUCACUGGGUUUUCUAUCCUCUCCUUUAGCCUCAAGCAAAGCAUUCGAUUAGUAUAAUCGAGAAAAAAAUUGGUUGUAUGCUAUUCGUAUUAAGUUAUAAAAUUAGAGAGAUUGUUAGUCAACGAAGUAUUCGUUCGAUACCAUUAGAUUUAGACAGUUUUAGUGGAUCAUAGAGAACUCAAAUUCUACACGAUUCACGAGUAGUUUGUGGCAUGCGUAAAAUUUCUUCACCAGAAACCUCAUUAGCUCACAAAUGACUUACAUUGCCGUCACAUGAGCAUAUUUUUCAUUUGCCUUCGUAUUAGCUUUAAGUUUUUUAAGCACGUUGAGGUGGAGAGUGAGAGUUAUGACUUUUCGAACCUUGCCAUGUAUGUAUAAACGAGUAUUUUAUAUUAUUUGUAAAAAUCACGACCUAGCUAGUACCUGCAUUUUAUUC